GCUCGUGCAAAAAUUAUCAGUUUGCUCUCUCAGAAUUUUCAGCUCUAGGCCGAAAUAUAAUUUCCUUUGUCAAUGAGGGUGAACUAGUCUGUCGUUUCAGUGUUGCAGGCCUGCACCACAUGUUACAGUCCUUUGAAGGCAGAUUUGACCAGGUAAACCUUGAGAAAUUAGACAGGUGGUUGUGCCAGUUUACCGGUGGCUAGCUGGGUCAGGAGUACAUAAGUUUUAACACCAGUACUGUGACGGAAGUUUUUGUGGGGUGGGCAGUACGCGAUCAUGGAGAGGUGUUCUGUUCGGAAUCAACGGCGGCAGUCAGCACUCGCCAGAUGGUCUCGUACGCUAACUCUCCUCCUCGCCGUACUCUUUGGCUCAUUAGCCGUUUUACCAUCGGAAACGUCCAGCAAUGUGGACUCAUCAGUUGAAAGUGACAGUGCAGGAGAUCACGAGGACCGCACAAAUUUGUAUAAAAAGCCAGACGGUGAAAGUGAUGUUACGGAAACCUGUCCACGUGAAUCGGGAGGGAAUUUGGCGGGAAGCGAGGGUGCAUGUCCAGGAAAGUCACGAUUGGUUCGACUAGAAGGAGAAAAGGUUGGGCACAUUGAAGAAUUACAGCUUGUUCAAGGCAAAAUACACCAGCUCAAAACCAUUAACAUGAAGCCUGUUAUAUUUGAAAUCCCAGAUUUCUUCACGAGAGAGGAAUGUAAUCACAUCAUAACCCUAGCCAAGGAACAGGGCCUGGAAAGUAGUCUCACCACAUCCACUGGCAAGGGCAAAGGCCUUACCCUACGGGACAGCAAUGGAGACCAGAAACUUAGUCUAAGGGAGAUGCAAAUGACCCUGGAAGAUGGCUUUGACAUCUACCUAGAUGACGAUGACAUAAGACAAAUGUAUGCUGAGCUGGGUGUGGAUCUAAACAAGGAUGGAUUCCUGUCAAGGCAAGAAGUGGACGGGGAAACCAUCCGGAAGAUCUCAUCUUACGUCAUGAAAGUGGAGGAGGAACAGCCCAUCAAGAAGUCUCGCUUCAGUGAGCAGACGUGGAUCUACCCAGACAAGACAGAGGAUCCACUGGUCCAGUCCUUUCAAGACAGGAUAGCAAAACUGACCAUGCUUCCCCGGGUUCUUAUCGACAAGUUCAGCUACUUCCAGGUGGUGCAUUAUGGGAAGCAAGGCCACUACAACGCCCACCAUGACUCCAGUUACCUUGACGAUUCAUCGACAUGCUGUCACCUGACUGAGAGCAAGCAGUGCCGGAUAUGCAGAUACAUGACGAUCAUGGUCUACUUGAAUAAUGUGGCAGAAGGAGGGGAGACUGCAUUCCCAGUUGCCAAUAACGAUACUUACAAUGCUUACGUGUUUCGUCAGACGGGCAUGAUGAACCUCAACACCCGCUGCCAGGACUCCAACCUCAAGGUCCAGCCGCAGCAGGGCAAGGCAGUCGUCUGGUACAACCACUUCAUCAAUGCCAGCACAGGCUGGCUGGGGGACGUGGACCCCUUGACCUGGCAUGGGGGCUGCCCAGUCACCAAGGGUCACAAGUGGAUCAUGAAUCGCUGGAUUGCCGUCAGCGAGAGCCGGGAGGUGGACCUGGCGGUGCCAUGACAAUUAAUGCCCUGGCUGCUGGCAGUGCUGUGGUGUAGCCUGCAUUCUUUGGUUGUGGUGUCAAAGGCGAACUACUCGGGAAGACUAGUCCAAAUUAUCAUGGCAAUAAAUACGCUUGUGGGUUCGUUAAUUCUUUACAAAUCAUUCAAUCACUAAAAUAACAUCAAGUGUUAAUCCUUCACUGACAGUCGAAAGACUUUGGUACUAAGCCUGGCUUGUGUUCAAUCAAGUAAGUGCAAUGCUAAAAAUGCAAUAUUUCGGUAAUAUUUUCCUUAAAUAAAAUCAUUGACUUACCAUUGUUUUGUGCUUUGUUUUGCUUUUGUUUUCAUGCAAGUUGUUUGGAAUUUUCUGGCAGUGCAACUUAUUGCAACAAACUGCACUUAAACAAAAAACAUUAGAAAAUACAAUAAGCAGUAAACCAUAUCAAAGUAUAUCAGCCUCAAAUUUAAAUGGAUUUGCGUGAUUUUGCAUUCCUACAUUGGAGCCCGGAAUGCAUAGAUUUAUUUCGAAUACAUCCUGUAUUCACCCAACCACUUUGAAAUUUUGUCUUCAGCAGUGCAUUUUUCUAUUUGCUUUGUGACCAGCAGGCCCUUGUGUAAUCCGUAGGCCAAAAAUCCAACAGACACAAAAGAUACUGGUAUUGUCUAUGUAGGAAGGCAUAUUAAGAAAGUUAUUGUUACUGAAGAAAACGUGCUUGACAACUUCUGAAAUAAUUUGUUGUAUUUCACUAAUCCCUUGACCAUUCAUCAAAUCAGCUGUGAAAUUUCUGUGUGAUUACCCAGUCAGGAGACCAUUGUAUGAUGCAGGUCUUUUUUAUUAUUAUUAGAUGAGAUAACAGUUUAGGAAACUUUCCAGAUGGCGCACAAAACUUUAAUUUAAAUAUGAGCAUUUUUGAUGGAUUUAUCUUUGGUUUUUACCUCAAAUUGAAAAACGUUGCAGUUGCUAAUAAAAAAAUCUAAAAACCUCUUAUUUACAGAACAAUUGGAUUGGAUUGUUAACUGAGAUAAUUCAUAUCUGGAAAUGAAAAUUUUCAGCUGAGAAGGUUGAAGCAAUAUCCUCUCACUUUUCAUUUUAAAUUCUAUAGUUUUUUAAUUACAGCCUACAACAGAUGUGCUUGACACAUUUAUCAACCGAUCUAGCAGAUGGUGUUUGUUUGGUUUUUUAGCGGGCACGGUAUUUAUCAUAUUUCACAGGCAGACAACGAAGGGUGCCUAAAACAGAAUCGUAAAGGUUGAAUUAAAGCUUCAUUAUUCAUCGACUGGUAGCUUGCUUGUCAGAUAAGUGCCUUAGUUCAACUUCUAAUUGAACAUUUAAAGGACAGUGUGAAUGUACAGGUGUAAAAAUUCUACAUGUAUAUAGAUUCCUGCAGUACUUCAACCAGUAAAUACUGGGAAUUGUAUAAUUAUUUGGCUGCUGAAUGUAAUGUUUUGAAUAUUUUGGAACCAAAAUUAUAGAGUAUGAACGACUUAUAUGAAAGCAAUAUAACGUAUUUUUUAUUUUAAAUUGUGACUUGUAUUUAACAACUAAGUUAAGAUUUUAUUUAAUUGCUGAGAUGUGCUUAUUUGAAAAAUAAAUGUAUAAGAAAUGUA